GUCAGCUUCCCAGGUGCCAUUUACCUCGAUGCCGACGCGGCGCAGAUGCGCAUUACAAUAAAGGUCUGGAGGAUUGUCUGACUACAACACUAAUGUGUCCCCUUGAGUGCUCGACAAUCUCGAAGCUGCAAGGUAUUUCGCUACACAGGGAUUGAUUGAUUGUUAUCGUGUAGACACCCUGCAAAACUUCGUGGUUACCUUGGUUUCUCCCCUCCGCCGCUUCUGACACCCCAAGCAACACACCACAGCCAUGUCGUCCUCCCCGUCGAACGUUCUCAUCCCCUUCUCCGAGCCGCCGUGGCUCGCGGGCCUACCCUCGCCGUAUUACAAGGAGACGCACAAGCGAUUCCAGAAGGCAUGCCGCGCGUUCCUGGAGGAGCACCUGCUCCCGUACGCCAUGGAGUGGGAGCGCGAGGAGACGGUGCCGGACCACCUGUUCCAGACGUUCCGCAAGCACAACAUGCUGAUCCCCAACCUGCCCGCGCCGCUGCCCGUCGAGUGGCUGCGGAGGGUCGGCAUCUACGACAUCCUGGGCACCCCGAUCGAGGAGUGGGACUACCUGCACACGGGCAUCUACCUGGACGAGAUGGGCCGCGCUGGUGUCGGCGGGCCCGGCGCCUCCAUGACUGCCGGUCAUGCUUUCGGUAUCCCCGCCAUCAUCAAGUUCGGAAGCAAGGCCCUGCACGAGAAGUUCCUCCUAGAUCUCCUUCCCGGCAAGAAACGGGCGUGUAUCGCCAUCACCGAGCCCGGCGCCGGCAGUGACGUCGCCAACAUUGCGACGACGGCCAAGAAGAGCGCAGAUGGAAAGCAUUACAUUAUCAAUGGUCAAAAGAAAUGGAUCACCAACGGCUUCUGGUCAGACUACGCUGCAAUGGCCGUCCGCACAGGUGGUCCCGGCGCCUCAGGUCUGAGCAUGAUUGUGUGCCCGCUGAAAGGCUACCCCGGUGUGACGAUGCGUCGCCUCAAGGUGGCCGGCCAGAUCAGCGCAGGCACGACCUUUAUCGAGCUGGACGACGUCAAGGUGCCCGUGGAGAACCUCAUCGGCGAGGAGGGCAUGGGCAUGCGCUACGUCAUGACCAACUUCAACCACGAGCGGCUGACCAUCGCGGUGGGCGUGACGAGGCAGUCGCGCGUGGCCCUCUCGGCGGCGUUCGAGUACGUGAUGAAGCGCGAGGCGUUCGGCAAGGCCCUCAUCGAGCAGCCGGUGGUGCGGCACCGGCUGGCCAAGGCGGGCGCGGAGCUCGAGACGAUGCAGGCGUGGGUGGAGCAGUUCCUGUACCAGAUGACGCAGCUCAGCAAGCCCGAGGCGGACGCGAAGCUCGGGGGCUUGACGGCGCUGGCCAAGGCCAAGGCCGGCAUGGUGUUCAACGAGUGCGCGCAGACGGCGGUGCUGCUGUUCGGCGGCAACGGCUACACGCGCACCGGCCAGGGCGAGAUCGCCGAGCGCAUCUACCGCGAGGUCCCCGGCGCCCGGAUCCCCGGCGGCAGCGAGGACGUCAUGCUCGACCUGGCCGUCCGCCAGCUGGUCAAGAACUACCGGAACGCGACCAAGGCGCUGGAGCGGCCGAGCGGCAGCAAACUGUAGCGGGGUCUGUGUAGAUAAAGCGACAAUGUUAUGAAAAAAACAUGAAACAGUUCCAGCACUGUGCACGAGGACGGUAAUGGCGUAUGAUGUUAUGGAGAGUACCGAGGAUUUAAUAUUGUAGUUGUGAAGAGACGCUCAACAGCGUGACGGAUGUCCCGAUAUCCGUACCGUCGGGUUCUGG